AUUAAUUGCCAAUAGGUGUCAACUCACACACCUUAGUGUUAAAUAAUCACUUUUACUGUAAAUUAAAACUUAAAUUCCAUAAUGUACGUAUAGUAAUUUUUUAUUCUGUCUAAUAUGGACAAAUUCAAAUAUAUUAAAAUUGUUUUAUUCGGUUUCUUAAUAUUAAAAGAAUCGAGUACAAACUCUUUACAAAAUGAAAAAAAAUGUUCACAACCUUUACAGGCGAAAAACGAUCAAUUUCCUUACAUAGUGUUUAUAAGAAUUCAUUCAAAUGGAAGAAUAUUAUGUCCAGGCACAUUGAUCGAUGUGAAUUGGGUGAUAACCUCUGCGUAUUGUAUUAAUACUACAGACAGCAUUCCAUUGAAUAGUAUUGAAAUUGCAAUACGAAAUAAUAAAACUCAUGAAACCAUUUUGAAACCGAGACAAGUUGUAGAAACAAAAUACAACGAUGUGGCAUUAAUUGAGAUGGAACGAUCAAUUAUUACCAAUAAUAUGAUGGUAACACCUAUUCAAUUAGCCAAUGAAGAUCUAUCGAAUAACACAGAAUGCUUUGUGGUCAGCCUUCAAAAGCAGUUCAUUAAUGAUUCAUCACUCAAAUAUUGGAACGUGGUUAAUAUUUUAAAACAAAAAUAUGAUAAGAGCGAAUGGUACUUAGAAGAUACGAUUUGUCAUUCACAAAUAUGGAAGUUAUUACAGAACAUAACCGAUAAUGGAACUCCUUUGAUCUGUAAUAAUCAUCUAUAUGGUAUAUACUCAAUCAAUGAGCCUAAUUUAUUCAAUAACAUUUUGAAGUACAACAAUUGGAUUAAAAAUAUAAUCAACCCAAUCUCUCCAAAUAAAAUAAAAAAAAAUACGGCCAAUUCUGUUGUUAAUUAUAAUUCGGUGUCUGAUACAAAUUCAAUAAUAACAGAAAUCGAUACGAAUAAUAUGUCUUCACCAAACACUGAAGACAAUCAAAUUUCUUCGAAACCAACAUCCGUGAAAAGUAGCUAUAAUCGAGAAAUAAGUAAGAGCAUCAUGAUGUACGGUGAAUAUACUUCCAUAAUUACGGACCCCACUGAAAUAGAAGAUACAGAAAGCACCCAGUCUGCUGAUCCGUACUCAGAAGACACUGAAGAAACUCCAACUUAUUUGACUGAUGUAACAGAGUCGGACGAUCCUACUUCUUCAAUAUUCCCAACACAAUCAUAUUCUACUACUACUACUAUUGAAUCGUCGACCACAGAAAUAUCUACUUCAAACACGAGUCCUCUAACGUCUCUAGCUAGAGGAAUAAGUUACCAAGAAACCGAAGAUGCCGAAGAAACCUCGGAUAAACCUAGUUCGGAACCUCUUACUGAAGAAACAGAAAAAACCAAAGAAAUUGAAUAUACCCAAGAAACCAUAGAAACUGAAGAAACAACGGAUAAACCUAGCUCUGAACCUCCUACUAAAGAAACAGAAAUAACCGAAGAAAUCAUAGAAACUGAAGAAACACCAGAUAGACCUAGCUCUGAACCUCCUAUUUCUCAAUCUUCAACUACAGAGAAAUUUACUUCGAGUCCAAAUCCUUCUACGACUAUAGCUAGAGAAACAGAAAAAACUGAAGUAACCAAGUAUACCAAAGAGACCGAAGACACUGAAGAAACCUGGGAUAGACCUAGCUCUGAAACCCCUACUGAAGAAACAGAAAUAACCGAAGAAAUCAUAGAAACUGAAGAAACACCAGAUAGACCUAGCUCUGAACCUCCUAUUUCUCAAUCUUCAACCACAGAGAAAUUUACUUCGAGUCCAAAUCCUUCUACGACUAUAACUAGAGAAACAGAAAAAACUGAAGUAACCAAAUAUACCAAAGAGACCGAAGACACUGAAGAAACCUGGGAUAGACCUAGCUCUGAAACCCCUAAUGGAGAAACAGAAAUAACCGAAGAAAUCAUAGAAACUGAAGAAACACCGGAUAAACCUAGCUCUGAACCUCCUAUUUCUCAAUCUUCAACCACAGAGAAAUUUACUACGAGUCCAAAUCUUUCGACGGCUAUAACUGGAGAAACAGAUAAAACCAAAGGAACUGAAUAUACCGAAGAAACAACUGAGUAUACCGAAGUAACAGAAUAUACCGAAGAAACUGAGUAUACCAAAGAAACCAUGGAAACUGAAGAAACCCCGGAUAAACCUAGCUCUGAAACUCCUAUUUAUCAAUCUUCAACCACAGAGAAAUUUACAUCGAGUCCAAAUCCUUCGACGACUAUAACUAGAGAAACAGAAUAUACCGAAGAAACUGAGUAUACCGAAGAAACUGAGUAUACCAAAGAAACCAUGGAAACUGAAGAAACCCCGGAUAAACCUAGCUCUGAAACUCCUAUUUAUCAAUCUUCAACCACAGAGAAAUUUACAUCGAGUCCAAAUCCUUCGACGACUAUAACUGGAGAAACAGAAAAAACCAAAGGAACUGAAUAUACCGAAGAAACAGAAUAUACCGAAGAAACAGAAUAUACCGAAGAAACAGAAUAUACCGAAGCAACAGAAUAUACCGAAGAAACAGAAUAUACCGAAGAAACUGAAUAUACCGAAGAAACUGAAUAUACCGAAGAAACUGAGUAUACCCAUGAUAACUCUGAUACUCCUGUUACUCAAUAUUCAACCACAAAAGUAUCAACUUUAAACCCAAAACUUUCAACGGCUAUAACUGAAGAAACAGAAUCCACGAACGACCCAUAUUCAGAGUUUCCCAGCACUCAUAAUCCUACUACUCAAUCUUCAACCACAAAAGAAUCGACACUAAACCCAAAUCGUUCCACGGCUACAAUCGAAGAAACCGAAGGUACGGAUAUUACAAAAGAUAAACCAUUAGCAUCUAGCACUACAGUUACUGAUAGAACUAAACAAACAUCACAAACAGAUACAUCUGUAACUUACUAUGAUGCUCCAACAACAACCACAAUUAUACCCUCUACUACUACUACAAAUCAGUCAUCCCUAGAACCAAAUACAACACUUUCCGAUUAUGACGAUGAUUCAAAUACAACGACAACGACCACUAUGCCUACAACAACCAGGAUAAUCACAGCAGUCACAUACGAUAUUUCUGAUCCCAAAGAAUCUUCAACAUUUGUGGACGAGCAAUAUCAAGAUAAAUCGAGUUCCCAAAUAACACAUAUUCAUACAAGUUUAAUAGUAGUUGUAUUUUGUAUCGUAUAUCACACGAAUUUGUAAUUUAUUCAUACUUAAUUGAUUUUAAUUUGUACAGAGCCUAAAAGCUUAUAAAUAAUUAAAAAUUAGACGAAGACACUUCAAAUAAAUUGAUUUCAAACUAUGAUUUUAAAUAAACCGUGAUAUUUUUUCAAUAAAUAAAACCAAAAUUAAA